AUGAUCCGCGCUCUCGCCCGCCCCGCCGUCCGCAUCACCCAGCGCCGCAGCGCCUCCACCUCGGCCACCCCCGUUGUCCCACUCCAGAACAUUGAGACCCGUUGGGCCACCCUCUCUGCCCAGGAGCAGUCCUCCGUCGCCAAGCACCUUGAGCAGAUCCAGGCCGGCGAAUGGACCAAGAUGACCGCUGAACAGAAGAAGGCUGCCUACUGGGUUGCUUUCGGACCCCACGGUGCCCGCACUCCCCUCACCGGACCCGGACACAGCCUCAAGGUCGCUGCCGGUACCACCGCCGUCGUCGGUGCCGCUGGUGCUCUCUUCCUCUGGAUCCGCUCCAAGGGCGGCGAGAAGCCCUCUACCAUGACCAAGGAGUGGCAGGAGGCCUCCAACGAGUACGCUCGUGCCAACAAGAUCAACCCCAUCUCCGGUGUUGCCUCCGAGGACUACAAGGGCACCGGUUUCGUCUCCAGCUCCAAGAACUAA